CUGAUGAUUUAAAUGUGAGCAGGUUGACGAAUCACGGAUAAGGUCUCCACCAUCACCAGGGUUGUCUCCUUUAGUUGUAAACCUUUGCAGAGUUUAUAGCAGUGGACUUCCCCACGACACUGAAAUGGUUGAUGAUGAUUAUGACGAUGAAGAUGCUGACUAUGAACUAGAAGAAGAGGAAGAAGAUGAAGACGAAGAGGGAGAUGAUGAGGAUGAGGUAGAAGAAGAAGAUGAUGAUGAAGGAUUUCAGAUGGUUGAUGUUGACAUGGGCUCAUUUUCUGAACCAGGGCGAAAGUUUCUGUCCAAAGCAUGGAAGGAAUAUGAGCCUAUCCGUGUUGAUGGAGUAGUGGUCGCUGCUGAGUGUAAACAUUGUGCAAGGAAUAUACGUGCUGAGCGUAAGCAUGGAACAAGUUCGUUGCGCAAGCACUUGAAAAGAUGCAAUGAAAGGAAGAAGGCUCUUAGAGUUGCUGGUCAGUUAAAUGCCUCUAUCAUGACCCCCGAUGGAGUUGCCUUAGGGCCUUGGACAUUUAAUCAGGCAGUGUCACGCAAAGAACUCAUGAGGAUGAUUGUGUUGCAUGAGUUGCCCUUCUCACUUGUGGAAUAUGAUGGCUUCAGAAGGUUUGUCUCCAGUCUAAACCCAAGCUUUAAGAUGAUUUGCAGAAAAACAGUGCAUAAUGACUGUUUGAAAGCAUUUAUGGAAGAGAAACAAAAUCUCCAAGGAUUGUUCAAAACCUCUGCAUCCAAGAUUUCUUUGACUAUGGAUCUAUGGACUUCUAACCGAAUGGUGGGGUACAUCUGCAUUACAGCUCAUUUUAUUGAUGAGGAGUGGCAGCCACAAAAGAGAAUAGUGAAAUUCACAGCUAUAGAGACUCCCCACACAGGUGUUGUAAUGUUCAACACCAUGGUGAAGUUCAUAAGAGAGUGGAAGAUAGAAGAUAAAUUAUUUGCUCUUACUCUUGACAAUGCAUCCAACAAUGGUGCAAUGGUGAAGUUGAUGAAGACCCAUUUGAUAAAUAAGAAGAUGCUAUUUUGUGGUGGGAGGCUGUUUCGGCAACGCUGCGCUGCUCACGUCAUCAACUUGAUUUGUCAAGCUGGACUGGAUUAUCUUAGCCCAAUGACAAGCAAGAUUCGUGAGACUGUGAAGUACAUCCGGAGCUCUUCAGCAAGAAAGGAAAAGUUUGAAGAAAUUGUUUCACAACUAGGCAUAACUUGUGAGAAAAAUCCUAGCCUUGAUGUCUGCACACGCUGGAACUCCACUUACAUCAUGCUUGCUACAGCAAAAGAGUUUCGCUUGGUGUUUGAUUCAUUGUCUAUUCAAGAUCCGAACUACACCUUCAAGCCAUCAUUUGAGGAAUGGGAAAAUGCUGAUGUCAUUUGCAAGUUGCUGAAGGUAUUCUAUGAAGCCACUAAUGUGAUAUCAGGCACAAAAUACCCAACUGCCAACCUGUACCUUCAUGUGUUGCUGAAAGUGAAGUUAACAUUGGAGAAUCAACAUUUUGAGGAAGAAUCUGAGCUGAACACUAUGGUCAAAUACAUGAAGAAAAAAUUUGACAAGUAUUGGAAGGCAUCAUGGUUGGAUCUCUGUAUUCCUGUCAUUUUAGACCCCCAAUUCAAGUUGAAAUACCUUGAUUUUCGAUUUAAACUAGAAUUUGGGUAUGAUGCUAUAGGAAUGAUUAGUAAAGUAAAAAAUCUGCUACAUGGUCUAUUCCAAGAGUACCUCAAAUUGAAUGAUAACAGUUCAGAUCCCAUGUCACAAGGAGGUGAUGUUGACAUGGCUAUAAAUGAUCAUGAUCCUUUGGCAAGUUGGGACCAGCAUGUCACCCUUAGUGCCCGAUCUUCAAAUGAGGCUUCCAUUGAGCUUGAGACAUAUUUGUCAAAGGUACCAGUUCGUCGAAGUGAACAGUUCAAUAUCCUUGCAUGGUGGCAAAUGAGCUCAGCUGAAUACCCUACAUUGAGUCGUAUGGCGAGAGAUAUAUUGGCUGUUCCGGCUUCUACUGUUGCAUCAGAAUCUGCAUUUAGUACUGGGUCAAGAGUACUAUCAGAUUUUCGAAGUCGAAUGACUGCAGAAACUGUUGAAGCUCUAGUGUGCUUACAAGACUGGAUAAGGGCCACAGCUAAUACUCGACGCCCCAUGGAUUCAGUUCAUGACAUUAUCUUGGCUUUGGAAGGUGAGGAGACUGUAGAGGCAAGCUCAUAGAGCAGGAGGAACGUCAUGCAGAGGGCAAGCAAGCAAGCAAUUCAGUGACAUUCAGCGGCAGAGCAGUGAAAAAACUGAAUGAAAUUAUUUAUGUAUCAAUACCAUCAUGAUUGUUGCUGUAAUAACGUUUGCUGGUGAUGAUUAACUGCAG